AUGAAGUCUCUCACUAUAACACCACUCCUCCUCUUCCUUACCCUCCUCACCCCCGUCCUCGCAAGCAGAGAUUUAUUCGAACACUGGUACCCCGAAUACGGCUUCAUAUUCAAACGCCUAAUCAGUGAAAAGUGUUCCUCAGAAUACGACUGGUACAAAACCCAGCAUGGAAACCACACAUACAUGCACGAGCAAACCAAAUGGUUCGGCGCCGGUCCCACAAAAACAGAAGAACUAGUCGUUCCACUAGUAAACUGUCUCAUGGAAGUCUGUCCCGAAUUCAUGAAAAGCAACAUGGCAAGCGCCAACGUGUUACUCGGACUCGCACCCGUUAUGCUCGCCGCACUAGGCUCAAACCUCGACGAGACAUCCAUCCUAACAGUCGUCGGAAACCGACCGAUCUUAGCGCUCGCACUCGCAGCUGGAUCUACAUCUGUGAUCUCAAUGAGACCGUUUGAGCAUCGGGAUCCGUUAGAGAGUCUUAAACCUCGUGAAGGAGGGAUGAUACCUACGUUCUUCCCAUUCCAUAUCGAGGCGAUGAUCUCAGUUUUCGAACAUGUUAUGGUGUUUGCGGCUGUUGCUAAUGUCGCUACGCUGGGGUAUGCGCUUGGUCAUGAUACUAUCAUGGCAUUUGCGCCGGGGUAUACUUACCUUAUUUUGAUUUGGGCGUUCUUCACGCCUAUUGUACAUGUUAUGGCGGCUGUAGCGUUGCGAAUUAGAGCGCGACAUGUACAAGAGGAGUUUCAGGUUGAGAGUGAUGAUUCUUAUACUUAUAAUGGUUGGUUCAAGUGGAUGUUGGUCGGGUAUUCCGAGGGUUGUUUACCGCAGAGAGUUGUGCUGAAGCGGGAUAAUGUUUGGUCUUUGUUGAUGUCAUGCAUUUUGUCUCUAUGUGCGACUUGUCAUGUUAUUUUGGGGACACUAGCGUUUUCGAGUAUGUUGUUUAUUUCAGCUCGGGAUGGCGUUGCAGUUCUUGGCCGAUUCAUGGCCUCCGUGUUUGUUUGUCGGCUUAUACUGUCGUAUGAGUUGGCUAAGCUGAGGGUUUUGUAUAACUCUGAUAGGCGGUCGCUUUCUGGAUUAAGUGGGACAGGAAGCUAUCAUUACCUUAUGAGUUGGCCACAUAUGCGUGGUAAAUAG